AUUCUCAGCGACUAAAACAACGCUGUCCUUUUACGCUACAUAAAUGACUCAAGCGUGAUUCCACAGCCCACGCGGCUGACCAGGACGUCCCUAGAUAUCUUUGGACUUUUUUUCCCUUUUUGUUUAGUGAAUGAUCGCUGACAAGAAGGCAACAAAACUGGAAAAGAUCACUGCUUCCUGUAUCCUCUCUGAAAUCUUUACUCCAGAGAAGACCGUUUUCACACUACCAUAAAUGGACAACGCAGGAAUGAAAAAAGGAAUUGUGAUAAAAGAUGACUGGCCUGGAUACAGCCUGGACCUGUUCACCUACCCUGAACACUACCAUGAAGACAUAGAGAGUGUUUACAUUCCACAUGGGGUAAUCAUGAACAGGGUGGAGCGUCUGGCCCGCUAUGUCAUGGAGGAUUUUGAGGACAACAUAAUGGUGCUGUGCGUCUUGAAGGGAGGCUACAAGUUCUGUGCAGAUCUGGUGGAGUUCCUCAAGGUUCUUGGCCGCAACUCCAACAAGUACCUGGAGACCCGGGUGGAGUUCAUCCGCCUGAAGAGCUACCAAAAUGACCAAUCAACAGAGGAGCUGCACAUCAUAGGAAGCCGAGAUCUGUCUUUCCUGCGUGGAAAGAGUGUGCUCAUUGUUGAGGCCAUAGUUGACACAGGAAAGACCAUGAAGGCCCUUCUGAAGCAUGUGGAGACCUUUGAACCCAAGAUGGUCAAGGUCUCAGGUCUGUUGGUGAAGAGGGUCCCUAACAUGGCUGACAGUCUGACAGACUAUGUUGGAUUUGAAAUCCCCAACCACUUUGUUGUUGGUUAUGCCUUGGACUACAAUGAAUACUUCCGUGACCUGAAUCAUAUCUGUGUCAUCAGCAAGACUGGGAAGAUGAAGUACAAGGUUUAAGAAGUAAUGUUUUAUAUUAGCAGCAGUUUGUCUACCUUCUUCAGCAAUAAGAAAGAAAUGCUGGCCCCCAGAAGAGGACUGUUUGUGACAGAUGGAGAGAGCUUAUGGACGUUGGCAUCCCCGUGCCCGGAUGACACCCACUCUGACUCAUGGAAAACAGUGAGCACAGCAGGCAGGCCGAACAGCGUCUCCUCACCACACUGUAUCUAUUUGUUCCCAACUUUAAUCACGCCUUACUGGGAAUCAGAACUAAGUACAUGAGAGUUUGGCAACGCUGACAUAAUUCAAUUUUUACAUUGAAAUGUAAUCUCACAGACAGGUGAACUAUACACAUUAUGUAGAAAAUUACACGGACUGACCCAUCACAAGUCACUUCUACUCCAGCAAGUACAAACUGAAGACAAACUUUCAUCUAAAAAAUCCUUAAUUACAACACCUAAUAAUAAAUUCUCUUUAUUUCACUGAAUUGUACGCAAAACUGUUGUGUUUUUACAAGAUUUAGAAUGCUGCUAUUAAACUCUGGUCCCUUGAUCUGUGGGGGAGAAUGCUCACUGUAAAGGCUAGACAUCAUAAUAACUGCAGUCUCAGUGCUCUGAACUACACACACACACACACACACACACACACACACACACACACACACACACACACACAGACAGAGGUAUUCUUUAUGUUCUAUUGCCAUCGUUGGGGUGACUAAGAGAGUCAAUCAUGCAUAUCGACAGACAGACCAACAUGCUUUACCUCACGCAGCGUGAACUUGGGGACUGUUAUCAUGUCAAUAUGCACUAUUUCAUCUUAAUCACCUGAAACUCCAAACAGCCAACACAUCACGUAACAGGAACGCAUGCACACACAUGGGUCAUUCACUGUAAAGAUGUUGGAAAGUUUGUGGUUAUGAUGGGAUACAACAUUCUAACUUAAGAUGGUGCAAUAAUCAGUGUCUCUUAACCCAAGACCCUUUAGUGCUGAACGCCGACCACAAAGGUCGGCAGUGACUAAUGGCUAAA